AUGGGCAGGUGGGAAGCAAAACUCUUCAAAACUUCGUGUCGUCGCAGAAAGCUGCCGAAAACAGUCUCGAAGGCACGAGAUCUAAGGACAGAGAAACUGCGGCGCCAGGCUCGCCUAUUACAACGCGGUCAACCAUUGCCGCGCAAGGCUCGCCGAUCACAACUUAGUCACCCAGAGCGGCUCGCCAUCAGCGAUGUAGAGGUGUGGUCACAGGCAGUUCUCGCAGGCAAGCGCAACCCGGCGCGAUUCAACGCUGAUAGGAAUGCGGUCGUGGAAGUGCUGAGACGGGAGUUGCGACUGGUGGAUCAGUUCCCCAUCGAUGAGAUGGCAAACUUGUGGGCCGAGGGCUCGUGGCGAACAACCUUGGUGGGCCUGAGGACUGACAAGUUCUGGCUAGGAUGCAUGGAAUCCGUUCUCGACACUCUCGAUGCGCUACCGCACAAUCUCGGCAGGCGGAUCGAGAUCGACGAUUGGACCGCAUUGAUGCGCGAGAUGCCCGGCUUGAACAAGAAAGAACGGGCUUCCUUCUUCUUUCCGCGGCAAAUCGUAGUUCAUGAGCAGAGUAUACUUCAGCGGCGACCGGACUUUCUCCUGAGUUUUGACAACGAAGAGUACAAGGCUGUCUUGAAACAUUUACAGACUGAUGAGCUACAGUUCUCGGACGUCCAAUGGUUGCUCCAGACAACCCCGGUAGAAGCCACGACUAUGGCGCGUGUUUUGGAGCAUGUUGUGGACUGGUUUGACGAGACCUCAAGCUUCACCAGACAGCGGCAAGGAAACAUGAACGCCCAGAUCCGUGACGAAGAGAUUGAGAGGCACAGCCAAGAGAUCGAGUCGUCAGUGAUGGGCUCUGUGCGCGAGAAUAUGAACUUCUUUCAGAGCCCACCUGGUCAAGAAACACUUCGAAGACGACUAGAAGAUGAUCGAGCAGGGUAUGGUCAUCGAUUUGCUGAACCUGCGUGGGGCGCGGUCCUGUCAGUGGUGGAGGUUCUUUUUCUGGAGGCUUGCCCCUGCCCGUGGCGAAGCAUUGCCGGAAAAAGCAGUACCAGGGCCAGAGUGGAGGAGAUGAGACGGGAGGUGCAGAAGUUCAUACCCGAGGUUCUGGGCAGGUUCUUUGAUGUUGACGAGCCGCCACGCGGUAUGGCGAAGAUGCAAGGGCUAGUUGGUGGCGUGGAUGGAUUGAUCGGGGAGUGGGCUAAACAAAUAGAAGACGGCGAAGAUGGGGUUUCAAAAGAGAAUCAGGAAAUUGCGCAAGCAGCCGCACUCGUGGGAGAUACUCGACAAAGCAUGAUGGGAAUCGAGGCAUGGGGGAGAACCGGUUCAGCACCACCACUGCCCACGCAGUUGACACAGCCGCUGAUUGCACGCCAAGAGAUACAACUGCCAUCUCAACAGCACGGGUCAAACCAACAGCAGAUCGCUCACGCAUUGCAGCCGUCUGCAGAGCCAGCAUCGUGUCAACAGAACAGCGUCCAGCAACGCUGGCACCAAAAGCCCUCCCAAAUGCUUCAGCAACCACCAUAUCCAUACCAACAGGCCGCACUGGGACAACAGGCCGCACUGGGACAACAGGCCGCACUGGGACAACAGGCCGCACUGGGACAACAGGCCGCACUGGGACAACAGGCCGCACUGGGACAACAGGCCGCACUGGGACAACAAGGCUGGAUGCAAUCGCAACCUGCGCAAAAGGGACAACGGUGCCCACAAGUGUGGUCACCAGCUCAGCAGCAAGUGGAAAAUUUGAGACGGCAACAGAUGGCUCGCUGGUGGCUUUGGUACUUGGACUAG